GUGACGUGGCUUUCCUCUUAAACCGGAAGAGAUUCAAGUUCUCGUGUCCGAAGAGCUCCCAAAAUCGUCAUAUUUCUUCGAAGAAACCGCUAAAGGGAUAAUAAUGGUAACAGACGUGCAGUUGGCCAUCUUUGCGAACAUGCUUGGCGUGUCCCUGUUCCUGCUGGUGGUGCUGUACCACUACGUGGCCGUCAACAACCCCAAGAAGCAGGACUAAAAACAGUCGCACCCUGGGCAGAUGGGAAUCACCACCACCUCCCCUUCCCAGGAAACAACAAUUCCCCUCAAAUUUCCUGAGGAUUGUGCAAGAGUUACUUCUUUUUCAAUAAAAUAUGCAAAGAAA